AUGUAUACAGAUUUUGUUAAUCUUGAUAAUCUGAUCACAGAAAUCAAUAACAUUUAUUCGAAUAAUCCUUUAGCUUCCAAUGAAAUCAUAAUGGAGCCUGAGAGAGAAGUUAAUUUCUAUUAUUCUACAAAAUUAAAUCCUUUCUGCUCGCCGCAGAUUAAUGAAAUGUUCAUGAUUUCACUGCAGCGUACAGCAUCAGGCCGUGCACAAAAUUCUAAGAAGAUCGAUGACGAAUCCAUUCGUAGAGAUUUAAUUCAGAAUGAAAUACAUGAGAAAGAGAACAACAUUCGCUCCCAAUGGCGUUCACUUAAUUCUGAAACUGGCGAUACAGCACUACGCAUUCAAAACAGGAAAGCAACAAAGAAUAGAACUAAAGUCCGCUCUAGUUUAAUUAGGCUUCAGAUUGGCAAUCUCCAAAUGCUUAAUAAUAACAACAAUAAUGUUAACAAUGAAAAACCUGCAGCGAGACAUGGAAACCAAAGAUCAAAUUCAAUUCGAAUUCCAGAAAAACCUCCAAAGGAUAUUUCUAUUACAAAUCCAAGAGAACUUGCAAGCAGCAAUUCCUUACUUGUUUCUCCUACUCCAGAGCUUUCUGCAAGUACAGAUUCAUUAUUAUCUCCUAUUCAAAACGAUUCAGACGACAGAAUUGCAUUUAAUGCACAAGAUAACAACGAUCCAAGAAGAUCACCACAAAGAAUUGCCAUUGAAGUACCACAAAACCAACCAGCAGCGUUUGGCAAAGCUCCAAUCAGAAAACUUUCUAAAUCUAACCUCAACUUUGAACUUGCAGCAGCCAGAACUGGAAUGCAGAUGUCUCAUGUCAGGAAAACAAGAGCUAGCAUUUCUAACGAAUUUAAAGCUAUUGACGUCGUUAUUCCCGAUGAAAAGGAGAACAAAUUAAGGCGUAUACCUCCUGCAGGUAAUCGUAGAAGGCCAACUAGACCUAAUAAGUAA